GGAGUCUUUCUAUCUGUUUUGCAGAUGGCGGAGCCGGACGGCGGCUGUUGCUAGCUCACAGUCAUUUUUUAUUUCUAAAUUAAAAUAGUGUAAGUGCGGCGUUGACGUAGUAUUUAAGUAGUGCCAGUGUUUCGAUGAUUUUUUACGUUAAAUUGUGACGCCAUUGACGCGCGCUUUUUGUACAGUAUUUAUUUUGCAGCAGGCUGCCCCGUUAGCAUCUUUGUUGGAAGUUUGGGCCUACUGUGCCACCGCUUGUCGAUUUUAACAAUAGCCGCGAUACUCUCAUCUCCUCCGCUUGUUUUGCUACACGAAACGGGGUUACGUUUCAAGCAAAUGAAGAAGGAACAUGGGAGAUAAACAGUUCUGUGUAGCUUCCUGCAACUGAGACGUUUGUUUUGCGGACGGACUAUUAAUUUGCCUGGGACUGAAUACGUUUUUGGAGCUGCAUCAUUAAGACAUUUAGGAUCACAAAGGAAGAUGUCCAACGGCGCUGCAGGGAGUGGGGGUCUGGAUUGGUUGGAGGCAGCAAAUGGCAGAGGUGAUGCUGGCAAGAUGGAAGGGACCAAGAAAGACAAGGCAGGCUCCAAGCUGUCUGUGGAGCGAGUGUAUCAGAAGAAGACUCAGCUGGAGCACAUUCUCCUCCGUCCAGACACAUACAUCGGUUCAGUGGAGCCCCUCACCCAGCAAAUGUGGGUGUUUGAUGAAGAUAUAGGCAUGAACCAGAGAGAGAUCACCUACGUUCCUGGCCUUUACAAAAUCUUUGAUGAAAUUCUUGUCAACGCAGCAGACAACAAACAAAGGGACAAGACUAUGGCUGCCAUUAAGAUCACUAUUGAUCCAGAGUCCAAUGUCAUCACUAUAUGGAACAAUGGUAAAGGAAUACCUGUGGUGGAACAUAAGGAUGAGAAGAUGUAUGUCCCAGCGCUUAUUUUUGGCCACCUGCUCACUUCCAGCAACUAUGAUGAUGAUGAGAAAAAAGUCACAGGUGGAAGAAAUGGGUAUGGUGCUAAACUCUGCAACAUCUUCAGCACCAAGUUCACAGUGGAAACUGCUUGCAAGGAGUAUAGACACAGCUUCAAACAGACUUGGCAGAACAAUAUGACCAAGACCUCUGAUCCCAAGGUCAAAUUCUUUGACGGGGAGGAUUUCACCUGUGUGACAUUCCAGCCAGACUUGGCCAAGUUCAAGAUGGAUAAACUGGACAAGGAUAUUGUAGCACUCCUCACACGCAGAGCAUAUGAUGUAGCAGGUUCCUGCAAAGGGGUUAAAGUUACACUCAAUGGAAAAAAGUUACCCAUCACUGGGUUCCGCAGUUAUGUGGAUCUAUAUGUGAAGGACAAACUGGAUGAGACCGGUGUUGCCCUGAAGGUGGUCAAUGAAACUGUGAAUGAUCGUUGGGAGGUUUGCCUCACAAUGAGUGAGAAGGGAUUUCAACAAAUCAGCUUUGUUAACAGCAUUGCCACAACCAAGGGUGGCAGACACGUUGACUACGUGGUGGACCAGAUUGUGUCCAAACUCAUUGAAGUGGUUAAAAAGAAGAACAAGGCAGGAGUCUCGGUCAAACCGUUUCAGGUGAAGAACCACAUCUGGGUGUUUGUGAACGCUCUGAUUGAGAAUCCCUCCUUUGACUCUCAGACCAAGGAGAACAUGACACUCCAGACCAAAAGCUUUGGGUCCAAAUGCGUUAUGUCCGAAAAGUUCGUCAAGGCUGCGACCAACUGUGGGAUCGUGGAGAGUAUACUCAACUGGGUUAGGUUCAAAGCCCAGACACAGCUGAAUAAAAAGUGCUCAUCUGUAAAAUACAGCAAGAUCAAAGGCAUCCCCAAGCUAGACGACGCCAACGAUGCUGGUGGCAAACACUCCGCCGAAUGCACACUCAUCCUCACUGAGGGAGACUCGGCCAAGUCUCUGGCUGUCUCUGGACUAGGAGUCAUCGGGCGUGAUCGCUAUGGAGUCUUCCCACUGAGAGGAAAGAUCCUGAAUGUGCGAGAGGCCACACACAAGCAGAUCAUGGAAAAUGCAGAGAUCAACAACAUUAUUAAAAUCGUUGGCCUCCAAUACAAGAAAAGCUACGAAGACCCAGAGUCACUGCGAAGCCUGCGCUAUGGCAGGAUCAUGAUCAUGACUGAUCAGGAUCAAGAUGGCUCCCAUAUUAAAGGUCUGCUCAUCAACUUCUUCCACCACAACUGGCCCUCUCUUCUGAAGCACACCUUCUUGGAGGAGUUUAUCACUCCCAUUGUCAAAGCAACCAAGAACAAGCAGGAACUGUCCUUCUACAGUAUCCCCGAGUUUGAUGAGUGGAAGAAGCAGACAGAUAACCAUAAAACCUGGCAUAUAAAGUACUACAAAGGUUUGGGAACAAGUACAAGCAAAGAGGCAAAGGAGUACUUUGCUGACAUGGAAAAGCACCGCAUCACGUUCAGAUACAGCGGUGCUGAGGAUGACGCUGCCAUCACUCUGGCCUUCAGUAAGAAAAAGACAGAUGACAGGAAGGAGUGGCUGACCAACUUCAUGGAAGAUAGACGUCAGAGGAGGAUGCACGGCCUGCCAGAGCAAUACCUAUAUGGAACUCAGGCCAGACACCUCUCCUACAACGACUUCAUCAACAAGGAGCUGAUUUUGUUCUCCAACUCUGACAAUGAGAGAUCCAUCCCAUCAUUGGUUGACGGCUUGAAGCCAGGUCAAAGGAAAGUGCUGUUCACCUGUUUAAAGAGGAACGACAAGAGAGAGGUGAAGGUGGCACAGCUGGCUGGUUCAGUGGCAGAGAUGUCUGCCUACCACCAUGGUGAGCAAGCUCUCAUGAUGACCAUAGUGAACUUGGCCCAGAACUUUGUGGGCAGUAACAACGUGAAUAUCCUGCAGCCUCUUGGUCAGUUUGGUACUCGCAUCAACGGAGGCAAAGAUGCUGCCAGUCCUCGUUAUAUUUUCACCAUGCUCAGUCGUCUGGCCAAACUACUGUUCCCAGCAGUGGAUUUCAAUCUGCUCAAGUUCCUGUACGAUGACAACCAGAAGGUGGAGCCUGAGUGGUACAUUCCCAUCAUUCCAAUGGUGCUGGUGAACGGCGCUGAGGGCAUCGGGACAGGCUGGGCAUGCAAGAUCCCCAACUAUGACCCCAGAGAGAUUGUCAACAACAUAAAUCGUAUGCUCAACCAUCAGGAUCCUCUGCCAAUGCUUCCCAGCUACAAAAACUACAGAGGGGUGAUCCAUGAACUGGGUCAGAACCAGUACCUAGUCAGUGGAGAGGUGUCCGUCUUGGAUAAGAACACCAUUGAAAUCACAGAGCUACCUGUCCGGACAUGGACACAGGCCUAUAAAGAGUCUGUGCUGGAGCCUAUGCUGCAGGGCACUGAUAAAACACCAGCACUCAUCAACGAUUACAAGGAAUACCACACGGACUCCACAGUCAAGUUUGUGGUCCGCAUGUCUGAGGAGAAACUGGCCCAAGCCGAGGCAGUUGGCCUCCACAAAGUCUUCAAGCUGCAGUCCAGCCUCACCUGCAACUCCAUGGUUCUCUUUGACCACAUGGGUUGUUUGAAGAGGUACGACUCCGUUCAGGACAUUCUUAAAGAGUUCUUCGAGCUCCGCUUGCACUACUACAAACUGAGGAAGGACUGGUUACUGGGCAGCAUGGGAGCUGAGGCUGCCAAACUGUCCAACCAGGCUCGCUUUGUUCUGGAGAAGAUUGAGGGAAAAAUUACAAUCGAGAACAAAUCAAAGCGUGAGCUGAUCCGCAUGUUGCUCCAGAAAGGCUUCGAGUCGGAUCCAGUGGCAGCCUGGGCCAAAGCCCAGGAGAAGUCUCAGGAGGAAGAUUAUCAUGAAGGAAACGAGAGCGACUGCUCGGUGGAUUCCGGCUCCACAUCGGGGCCAAACUUUAACUAUAUUCUCAACAUGCCUCUGUGGUGCCUCACUAAAGAGAAGGUGGAUGAUUUACUUAAACAGAGGGACCAUAAGAGAGGAGAACUAAAUGAUGUCCAGAGAAAAUCCCCUGAGGAUCUUUGGAAGGAGGACUUGGCAGUCUUUAUCGAGGAGCUGGGGAACGUGGAGGCGCAGGAACGAGAGGAGCAGAGUUUAGGAAAGGCCAUCAAACUGAAGGGCAAAGUGGGCAAACCUAAAGUGAAGAAGAUGAACCUGGAGGAGACCCUGCCGUCACCGUUCGGUCGCAGGGUGGAACCUCCAGCUCAGCUUGUCAAAUCUGAUGCUGCAAAGAAACUGACCAAAAAGAAGAAGGUUGAUGCAGAUUCAGUAAUUAAGUUGGAGAUUGAUGAUGAUGCUUUGGGUGGCGAGGGAGGAACGGGAGAAAGUACUGUCGCUGUCUCUGUCCCCGUCCCCAAACCAAAGACACCACGCGUCAAGAAAGAGAAGAAAGAGCCAGGGGCUCCUCGAGUGAGAAAAACACCAGGACCCAAAGGUAUCCCUGCUAAGAAGGUGAAGAAGAGAAACCCCUGGUCUGAGGAAGAGUCCAUCUCAGACAGUGACGUGGAGAACAGUGAGCCCCUCAUCCCCAGAGAGACAAAGUCCCAGAGAGCAUCAGCGUCCAAGCCAAAAUACACGUUUGACUUCUCGGAGGAGGAAAAUGCAGAGGAAGAGGAGAACGGAGACGUUUAUGUGGCGUCUUCUCCAGUGAGGUCGUUCAAGGAUGACAUCACUUCGUCUGUAACCAAGAACCGUUUCGAGCCUGGCGAUUAUGAGGACUAUGAAGACGCUGACGACAAUGAAGUUUCAUACUCUCCUCCCAAACAAAAGACCCUGACGGCACCUGCAGCUACAAAGACAGAGACAACCAGCAUCUUCUCGUCCAAGCUGGACUUCUCUGAGAAAAGCAAUGACAGUGAUGGAUCCAAGUCUGACAGUGACAAUGACAACGGCCCGAUGUUCUCAACAUACUCCAGCAGCUCUGCGUUUGACAAAUUAUUGCCGUCAAAGAAAGCAGCUAACAAGUCCUCUGAUGCAGCUCCCAAACCUAAGAAGCCACCAGCACCAAAGGCAAAGAAGCCAGAUAAAUCUAUCUGGGACUCUGACUCGGACACUGGGUCUAAGAAGCCCACACCAGCUCUUAAAGGUAAAGGUCGGGGGAGGAAGAGAAAGGGCUCUGGUUCUGAAGACGAGUACAGUCCUAUGAAGAAGGCGGUCAAGCCUGCCAGCAGAAAGCCUCAGAAACCUCCAUCUGAUGACGAGGAUGACUACAGCAACAGCCUGAGCGGUGCGUCAUGUGACCGACCGGGCCGGGCCAAGAAGGAAGUGAAGUACUUCCACGAGUCGGACGACGGAGACGACGACGGCAACAUGUUUGAUUAAAGCUGGAAACGUUCAGACACACUCCUACUCCUUUGUUCCCACAGACUUUUGUACAUUUCCUGUUUCAUUUUAUUUUACUUUUAUUGGUGAUGUUCAAUGAUUUUUAACGUGUAGGUGUUUUACACUUUUUAUUCUUACAUAUACAGGUUUCUUUUUUUAAAUGCUCAUUGAAAUGUUGUGUAUUUGUUCCAAGUGGCUUUUAGAUGUUUAGAGCGCUGUGUGCUUUAGCACAAUUUAAUUGUUAAAAUAUUAUGUAACUUUUUGAACAUGAAGUUGAAAGUAAACAAUGAAAUGUC